ACCACCAUAAAAGUCUGUCUAGGACGAUAAAUUGUACAAUGUCUGGAAGGGUAAAAGAGGUGAAUUGGUUCAAAGCGUUGUGUUGGGAGCUCCACAUAUCUAGGAUCUUUUUCUUUCAUCACAACUGGAAGGCUUUUGCCUAUACACCGUGGUUGCCUGAUUCUGUCUACUGGCAGUGGAUCUAUCUCGUCUACAGGUGGAUAACUUUUACCUUCUUUUUCAUAUACUUUAUAUGGAACCAGAUCUCAGAUGGAGGGAUUACAUAUAUCUACCUCACAACCUGGAGCCUAAACCUUCUCACCCUCUACCUCUUCUAUGCCACCCUCUCUGUCACUGUAUACUACAUAAGACUCGCCCUGCCUAUCGAGAGAAUCAAGCGCAAGCCGAUCAAUCCUCCAUCUCGUUGUGCUCUUCCUUCAAAACCGUACGGUCUUUGUAGCUAUCGUACAAACACACUUGCUUGGUAUGACAUUAUACAUUGGUUCCUGUUCAUCAUUGGCCCUGGUAUUUCCCUUGCUAGCAUGGUCCUAUUCUGGGCCGCCAUUUACAGGGGAGGUCCCAUAUCACACUGGGACGUCGCUAUACAUCUUUUAAACGGGGUUUUUAGUGUCGUUGAGGUUUGGGUGGCGAGGAUACCCAUACGUGUCUAUCAUGCCUUGUAUGCUGUUCUACUUGGAUGUGUUUACGUUGUCUUCUCCGGAAUCUAUUUCUCUGCUGGGGGCGAGAAUCAACAAGGCGAUCCUUACAUUUAUAGUAUCAUUGAUUACGGUAAUUCGCCAGUUAAUGCUACAAUCACGGUUAUGUCUAUUGUAAUGUUGUUUGCUCCUGCCGUCAUACUUUUCUAUUAUGCCAAUUAUCUCCUGAGAGAGACUAUACUCCGUACCCUUGCAUAUAAAGGAGUGUUCAAAUGGCUCUGCAAGGAAGACAAGACUAAGUUUGACGAUUUCAAGGAAACAGUCAACGCCUGAGGAAAGCAGGAAAUGAACUGGUUACAUUGUUUACAGUAAACCUACAACAUCUUGUUAAUUAAUGCUAUUUUUAGUUCAAUAAUAAUAAAACAUAA